CCAACCUUCAUUUUCUUUUUUACUUCCAAGCUACGCUUUUUACAGCUGACAAGAGGGUUUACAUAGGGAAAGCUGUACAACAGUUCAUCCGAGAUGGCAGCAUUUCAGUCUGGUGAGCGUGAGAAGAUACCUACUGCUCAAUCUGAUAGAAAGUUGAAAUAUCUGAGAGAAUUUCGAUCUCUAUCCCCUCCAACAUAUGCCGGGAAUAAUUCUGAUCCAAAAGAAGCCGAAAACUGGAUUCGGAGAGUGAAAAAAUGCUUAGACAUGAUCGAUGUUCCCAGCGAUCUUAGAGUUACAUUAGCUGCUUUCAUGCUUACAGGAGAGGCAGACCGUUGGUGGGAAUUUAUAUUGGAUGGCCGAGAAGUUGGCUCCAUAUAUUGGGAGGAGUUCGAGAGAAGCUUUCUACUUAUGUAUUUCCCACGCACUUUUGAAAUUGAUAGGAGAACUGAGUUUUAUAACCUGACUCAAGGGAGCUUGACAGUUUCUCAGUAUCAAGCUGAGUUUGUAAGGCUAUCACAGUACGACAAAUUAUCAAGACCAAAUGCUGCGAAAUACUUUUUUGUUAGAGGAUUGAAACCCUCUCUUGCUGCAAGAGUGACAGGUAAUUACUCAACUUAUGAAGAAGCAGUAGACAAAGCUCUGAAUGCCGAAAUACAUGAGGUGUACACGACUAGCAAAGACAAAGAAGAAGAAGAAGAAGAUUAUUCUAGCAGCAGUGGAGGAGCAAGGGCAAGGAAAAGUACUCCACCUCGUCGCUGCCAUAGAUGGCAGCCAUACACUUGCUAUCGGUGUGGCCAACCAGGUCAUGUUAAGCGCAAUUGUCCUCGUAAUGGAUCUCCAUCUCUCAACUAACAACAAAAUGCUUUUGGAUUCAGAAGUUUUUGGAGGAGUGUUAGAGAGUUUUGUUAUGAUUAGAAAUGACUAAUGGAUCAACUGCAGCAGCGGCAGGAUUAUCAAGCAUGAGACAUAACUGAUUUUGUACUUGAUCAUUAUGGUUUGUUAGAUGUAGCUAAUGUUAUGAUCAUUUGUACUGUCUGUGCUACUUAGCUCUCUGGUUUGGAUUAUAUUAUGACAAGUUUAUGAUAUUUUAUGUUAUCUCUCAACUAACAACAAAAUGCUUUUGGAUUCAGAAGUUUUUGGAGGAGUGUUAAAGAGUUUUGUUAAGAUUAGAAAUGGCUAGUGGAUCAACUGCAGCAGCAGGAUUAUCAAGCAUGAGACAGAACUGAUUUAGUACUUGAUCAUUAUGGUUUGUUAGAUGUAGUUAAUGUUAUGAUCUUUUCUACUGUUUGUGCUACUUAGUUCUCUGGUUUGGAUUAUAUUAUGACAAGUUUAUGAUAUUUUAUGUUGUUUCAUUCUGAUGAAAGACAUUGUAUUUUCUAGUUUCAA